CGGAAGUGACGCGUUUUGUGUUUAUGUGGGGAAAAGAUGUCGGAAACUAACUCGUCUGUGGCAAUGAAACGAAGUGCCUCGGCGGGUUCCUCCGCUGUCAGCAUUGACACUAUCGAGAGCCUGACUGAGCUGGAUGAGCUAGAGCGGGUGUAUCAGCAGCUGUGCGAGGAAGAGAAGCAGGUGGACUCAGAGCUUGAGGCACUGGUCAGUCAACGUGGGAAUAUAGAGACCAAGAUGCUUGCUUUGCAGAGGAUGGGCCCCAACCUGCAGCUCAUUGAGGGAGAUGCUAGCCAGCUGUCUGGCAUGAUCACCUUCACCUGCAGCCUUGCUGAAAAUGUCAGCAGCAAAGUUCGGCAGCUGGACCUGGCAAAGAACCGGCUAUACCAGGCGAUUCAGCGGGCAGAUGACAUCCUGGACCUGAAGUUCUGCACGGAUGGGGUCCAGACCGCUCUACGUAACGAGGACUAUGAGCAGGCAGCGGCCCACGUGCACCGCUACCUGUCACUGGACCAGUCGGUCAUCGAGCUCAGCCGGCAGGGCGGAGAGAGCAGUGCGGUGGACGCCAGCUUGGCUCUCCUGCAAGAGGCUGAGCAGAAGCUGAAAGCGCUGGUGAAGGAGCGUCUGGAUCAGGCCAUUGCUGAUGGAGACCUGGCCCAGGUGGAGAGGUUCUUCAAGAUCUUCCCCCUGCUGGGCCUUCAUGACCAGGGCCUGGCCCGCUUUGCCCAGUACCUCUGCACCCAGUUGGCCAGUAAGGCAGAGGAGAACCUUGUCCUGGCAGUAGGUGGUGAGCUGGGCGAGCGUAGGGCAGCACUCAUCUUCGCUGACACCUUGACACUACUGCUGGAGGGCAUAGCGCGGAUUGUGGAGACCCACCAGCCCAUCGUGGAGACAUACUACGGCCCUGGGCGUCUCUACACCCUGAUCAAGCACCUGCAGGUGGAGUGUGACCAGCAGGCUGAGAAGGUGGUGGAUAAAUUCAUGCAUCAGAGAGACUACCAGAACAAGUUUCAGAUUGUGCAAAGCAGCAUGAUGAGAAGCUUGCCCACAGAAAAGAUGGAGCCCAGGGAGCUGGACCCAGUGCUGCUGGAGGUCACAGUGAUGAACGCUCGGGCGGAGCUUUACCUGCGUUUCCUUCGCCGACGCAUCACAGCCGACUUCGAAGUCGGGGACGCUACCGCUCCAAAGGAAACCGUACAGGAGCACCAGCAGAGCAUGGAGAAGCUGUUGAAGCACUGCCUCCUGAGCCGGAACAUGCAGGAGAUCAUUGGGUACUACAUCCCCAUGGAGGAGUACUACAUGAGAGAGAGCGUCAACAAGGCCGUUGCCAUGGACACGUAUGAGAAGGGCCAGCUGACCUCCAGCAUGGUGGAUGACUGUUUCUACAUUGUGAAGAAGUGCAUCAGCAGGGCUCUGUCCAGCUCCAACAUCGACUGCCUCUGCGCCAUGAUCAACCACGCCACCUCCGUGCUGGAGUCCGACUUCAGGGAGGUGCUGUAUAAUAAGCUCCGGCAGGGCUUCCCCGCCACCACGCUGCAGGAUAUCCAGCGCGGCGUGAGCAGUGCCGUCAGUCUGAUGCAGAGCAGCCUACAGCAGGGCAAGUUCAACACGCUGGGCAUCGAGAGCGCUGAGGACGCCAAGGCAUCCUUCCUGGUGACACUGAAUAAUGUGGAAGUGUGCAGUGAUAACAUCAUCACCCUAAAGAAGAACCUGGAGAACGACUGCGCCAAGCUGUUCAGCCAGGGCUUCGGCUCGGGGGAGCAGGCCCAGGCUAAGAUUGACAGCUGCAUGGCGGACCUGGUGAGCACGUCCAGCAAGUUCAAGGACCUCUUGCAGGAGGGGCUCACGGAAUUAAACAACACUGCCAUCAAGCCACAGGUCAAGCCCUGGAUCAGCAACUUCCUGUCCAUCUCGCACAACAUUGAGGAGGAAGAGUUUAACGAGUACGAGGCUAACGAUCCGUGGGUCCAGCAGUUCAUCGUCAACCUGGAGCAGCUGAUGGCUGAAUUCAAGGCGGGACUGUCCCCAGUCAUCUAUGACACACUGACCAGCCUGAUGACCAGUCUGAUCUCCUUGGAGAUGGAGAAGGCGGUGCUGAAAUGCACCUUCAGCAGGUUGGGGGGACUGCAGUUUGAUAAGGAGCUGCGCUCUCUCGUGGCCUAUCUGACCACCGUCACCACCUGGACCAUCAGAGACAAGUUUGCCCGGCUCACACAGAUGGCCACCAUCCUCAACCUGGAGCGGGUGACAGAAAUUCUGGACUACUGGGGUCCCAAUUCCGGCCCCCUGACCUGGCGGCUGACCCCUGCGGAGGUACGGCAGGUGCUGGCUCUCAGAAUGGACUUCCGCAGCGAGGACAUCAAGAGACUGCGGCUGUGAACUCUGACCUCUGGAGCCGCGCCUCCCUAGCCUGAGCACAGUGACUGUCCGGUCUUUUUUCCAUUAAUGUGCCGAGCACACGUGUUAGGGUGUGGACAAGCCAACGGGAGAAAGCCGGGGUGUUCGGAAAUCUUGUAAAUUGGUGGUGGGAUGUGGUGGAAAAUGACUGCUGAUCCUCCAGAUGCUUGCCCAGAGGGGAGAUGGACUUACCUGGUAUUGCAGUAACCAAUGUUGCAGCAACUUUACUGAAACCAAUCACAGAGAAGCCAUGAGUCAUGUGACUAUUGAAGAAUCAUGUGAAAUGGGAGCAGAGAUUGAAUGUAGAAAAAAAAGACUU